UCUGCUCAGCCAGAAACAUGUAAAUGAUUUGCUCUUUUUAGCUGUCAAAACAAUCGAGAGAGAUUUUCCACGUCACCGAGUUAUUUAAUGAACAAGGCUGUACGUCUGAGAAACUCGUUAAUAAAACAGUGUACAUAGAUUCUCUUUUUUAAUAAAUACGGCAAAUUGAACCGUGAUUUUAUUUUUUUUCCACUUAAAAGUUUUGACGGUAUUUUCAAAACAUAAACGUCACAUUUUCCUACAACGACGAAGAUGGAAAACAGCUUUAGCAACAAUAAUAAGCCAACGUUGAUUAAUACUUCGUGCCCUCGGACGGAGGGCGACGGUAUGGAAUCGUUAGACACACCAAUUACUUCAGAUGUCAAAAGUGCCUUUGCAGUGAAUGCCAUGGAGAGGCUGAGCAUAUUGCCGCUGAAGUCUCCACCACCGGCUGAAAGGAUCAUUAGCCUUGUACCAAUAUCCAACCUCUCAGGAAUGAAACCCAAAACGUCCAGUUCAGCCAUGGAAAACAAGAAGGCCAAGUUUGUUCCCUACGAGCCGUACAAGGCAGCAGUCAAACCCAUUGUCCCAUCGAAGAAGAAGAUCAGCAAAAAAGAACUCGCUCACCAUUUGAAAGGCAUAGACAAUUGUGCUAAGAAAUCAAGUAAAGAACAAGAUUCGACUGUCAGCAAUGUGGUGUGCCAACAAGACUACGACAAAAUAGUUAAAGAGAAGGAAGAGCUAGAAAAACAACUGGCAAUUCAAUGCAAGGUCAAUGCAGAAUUGAAAGCAUUACUGGUGGCAAGUGUUGGAGAAGAUAUGGAAGCCAGAGUUCAUUUUUUAACAGAAGACAAAGUGAAACUGGGCGAUAAUAUCAGACAGUACGUCGAGAAAAUUGCUUUGGACUUUGAGCAGAAAGAAAAGCUAUCGAUCGAAGCAGAUAUCUGGAGAAGCAAAUUCUUGGCAUCUAGUGUGAUUAUUGACGAAUUAACCCGAUGGAAAGCCGCCCUCUGCACCCGCAAUAAUAAUCUUCAAUUGUGCAUUCAAGGAUUACUCGAUGAAAUGAAUUCUAUUCAAAACCACCAAAACCAAACCUACAAUCAUUUGAAAGCCUUAAACAGUGCCUUUCAUCCACUUGGAGCGUCGAGUCAAAAGACUCCGGAAUUGGUUGCUUACGAUGUGAUAGAGGGAAGUGUGUCCGUUCUGAGACUCGUCGAAAGCCUCGCAAAACGUUUAUUGGGUACCUACACUCAAGUCAGAGGAGAUGAAGAUUCAGCAGCCCGUUCAACUGCUGUUCAUCCUUCUAUUGCGGCGAAACUGUCUCCGGCCCAGCUUGCAGCCCAAGAGGUUAUAACGGAUCAUCCAGUUGGUUCCUGUACUAUGUCGGAAUUAACUAAUGAUGUUACAGCUCAUCACGUAGCAGCCCUGGCCCGUCGUUCCAUGAACAAGUCAUUCUUUACCUGCUGUCCGCAUUGCACCGGGCAAGUUCACGUCAUUUGAAACCAGGCAUAUUUUGCGCAACGGAUCAAUUUAUAUUAUUAUUAUUGCUAUUGUCGUCUUCGACACUUUUUGAGAUUUCUAUUUAAAUCAAUCAUUCAUUUAUUAGCAUUGCAUAAAAGAGAAAAGUUCCAUUAUUUCA